UUAUCCGUUGCCUCUUCUUGGUCGUUGCUCCUCGUUCUUCCACGUCCGGCGCUCCCGUCGUCCCAUCUCGUGUGGUGAUGGUUCCGUCGCAACCGCGCGAGGGGUGCUUCGCUUGUGAUCUGUGAUCAAGCCCCGCUUCUAUCGCGUGUACCUUUUCUCGUCUCUCCGACCCUCGCUCCAUUCCUCGCCAAGCACGAUCCUUUAUAUCCGCGCGGUUGGAUCGAAAUCCACCUCUUCUCUUCUCAAGAAACCAUCUUCUGGUCUAAAAAUCCGAUUUUGGGCCUUAAAUUUGCUCAAAGUUGUAAUCUUUCGGCGGCAGCGCAGGGUUUGAAGGGAUUGCUUCGGAUGGCACUGCAAGUGAACGGGGCUGGGUUCUCUCUGCUUCGUUGGAGGAGAGGGGGAGCGCUUAGGACGAGAGCCGUUGCUUCGGAGAGCGUUGCGACGACCCGGGAAGAAGUGGAGAAGGUGAAGCUGGGUGGCUCCGAUUUGAAGGUCACCAAGCUCGGCAUCGGUGCGUGGUCGUGGGGAGACACCACCUACUGGAAUGACUUCCAAUGGGAUGAUAGGAAGUUGAAGGCGGCUAAGGCAGCUUUCGACACGAGCAUCGACGGCGGCAUAACUUUCUUUGAUACAGCUGAAGUCUAUGGUGCGGGGGUUAUGGGAGCAGUGAACUCUGAAACUUUACUUGGAAGAUUCAUCAAGGAAAGGCAGCAGAAAGAAGCUGUUGAGGUCGCUGUGGCGACAAAGUUUGCAGCUUUACCAUGGAGGUUAGGCCGGGGGAGCGUGCUCUCUGCUCUAAAGGAUUCACUCUCCCGUCUCGGUGUUUCUUCGGUGGAACUCUACCAACUCCAUUGGCCUGGAAUCUGGGGGAACAAAGGAUACAUUGAUGGCCUCGGAGAUGCUGUCGAGCAGGGCCUCGUAAAGGCCGUCGGGGUCUCCAACUACAGCGAAAGGCGUCUUAGGGAUGCUUACAAUCAACUCAAGAAGCGGGGAAUUCCACUAGCUUCAAACCAAGUAAACUACAGCCUUAUAUACAGGAUUCCAGAGGAGAACGGCGUCAAGGCCACUUGUGAUGAACUGGGGAUUACUUUGAUUGCGUAUUCUCCUAUCGCUCAAGGUGCUCUGACAGGAAAGUACACGCCAGAGAAUCCUCCAACUGGCCAUCGAGGCCGAAUCUAUACUCCAGAGUUCCUCAAAAAGCUGCAACCUCUGGUGACAAGAAUUGAGGAGGUUGGACAAAAUUAUAGGAAAACUCCCACACAGGUGGUUCUGAACUGGUUGAUAGCUCAGGACAAUGUUGUGCCCAUCCCAGGUGCCAAAAAUGCUGAACAGGCAACACAGUUUGCAGGUGCUCUAGGGUGGAGACUCACAGAACAAGAAAUCGAGGAGCUUCGUGCGCUGGCAUCGGAAAUAAAUCCUGUGAUUGGAUUUCCAGUUGAAAAGUUAUGACUACUUCAAGCAAGGAGAAUGUGUCCAGGCAACCAAUUCAUAGCGCCUUUGCGUACUUAUAUUUCUCUUGUUCUAUUUGAUAUACAGCAGUAUUUUUGGACUAGUAAGAAUUGUAGAACAUCAUCUAUAAAAGGCCAGAGAUCGUGGCUCAUCGUUAGAGAGAUACAAUACAACCUGAUCUAAUACCAUUCUCUUAGAGCAAACAUGCUCUAAAAAUUAGACAUAUUAGUUUUUCAGUACAUUUUGUAGAUUGGAAAAUUCAGACAUUUAUGUUAAACUUUGGGUUUUCAUUGGUU